AUGUCGUCUCUUCGGCUUCGCGGUCGAAUAAAGCAGGCCAGUCUUGAUCCCUUCAGCAAUGUGUUCCUUGAGUCGAUCGGUCAUGGUUCCCUCAGUUUCAAGUUUAACAUGUCUGUUUACGAUUCUGAUUAUACGGCCAUGGCCGUCGAUACUCCUAUUCACGACCCUGGUGCUUCUCCCUCUACUCUUCAUACCUCGUCCGAUACUCCUACUGUUUUGAAUCAAGCCUUGCACGAGGCUAAUGCUCCUAGCGAGUCUCAGAUUGAAGAAAGAGACAUCGCCGCCUCCUUUCCCGUUGAUCCUGCCAUUACCUCCGUUAGCGCCGGCGCUGCUCCUAUCCAACCCACUCAUGCGUACCCUGCGCACCGAUCAGCUCAGGUAGAAGAGGACGAGGUCCCCAGCUACCCGCCGCCUCCGUACGUACAUGCGGUGCGUUUUGCAUCAGCUGCUCCCUAUUCUACUCCAGCCUCGGCCGGGCCUCCUCGUUCCGUCUUAAAUCACGCUCCUCACCGAGCGUAUUCUACGCCUCGUCAGGCCAGUUCUGCCUCGCCGGGUAGCCCAACUCGUCCGUCCAUUCGUCGACGACUCUUCCCGACUUCUCCUGCGCCUACCAGGGCCGCGUCUCCGGGUGGUUCGCCCGCGCCUCCUACCGAUCCUCCUGCGACUCCUCAUCCUGCCCCUGCCGGUGAUCCCUACGACAUGGAUGCACGAUUUAGUGCUCAAUUUCUCGCGAUGAGCUUCUACAACACCCUCUUGUCUGUGCACGACGUCCUGGGGGACUUUAGCCGACGACCAUCCCCACUUCCUUCGCCACGAGAUCAUGCGUGCUGCUACAAUUGUCGCCGAGGAUUGGUCAACUAUCAUCGCAUCCACUUGCCUGCCCAGUUUGCCGAGCCUCAUUCCAUGGGUCACCUAGUGGCCAAUAGCGUCCGUUUCACUGUCCGUUGUCUGAAUACAUUGAUCCUUGAAUGUCCUGAUUUGUACCCCUCCAUUCCUCCUCUCUCCCCAACUAGCUGA